AUGUAUCCGUUUUCCUCCCUACCCAAGUAUUCCCUCCUGGCCUCGCCCGACGAGGCAAUAACAAGCGACCAGCACUCUGCAGCUCGUGCUUCACGGACAAGCAAAAUCGUCACGGUCAUUACACUUAUUUUGCUUUCGCUUGCAGCCACAUUUCUUUUCCUUCUUGCUCUGUGCAUCAUCCUCAUCACUAUCCUCCCACGACUUCUCGCAAGGUCGUCAUUGGAAGCCUUCUGCCCUGUCGGAUCCGGGAGCUCCAAGCUGGUGCAAGGUCUUGCCAGCUACAAGGCUGGCACGGCCCAACCGUGCGGCAGCUCGCCCGCCGAAGCCAAAGCGGCCGGGUGUGUCUUCGACCUGAUGACCGUGUCCUGGCUGCCGCUGGACUGCUACGACAGCGAACUAACGGCACGGUUCAUGGAGGAAUGGCCGUGGAAAUUCUAUCUGUCCAACUCGACACUGCCUGAGGCGCCACCCGAGUCGCGCGAGCAGAUUCCAUCGCUGGAGGCCAUCAGCACCACCACAGAGCUCAUGUGGACAGACCGUCGCUUUCACAUCUAUCACUGUAUCUACGGCUGGAAGAUGAUGCACCGUGCCGUCGAACGCGGCUGGAAGAUGGAAAGCUCCUUGACGUCUUACCACCACACCGAGCAUUGCUCUGACACUCUUGCCAACACGACGGUGCCCAUGGAUACCAUCGUUACAAGGGUCGAGAUCUCAUACCCGGCAUGUUGA